AUGUUGAUUGCAACAUCUUCGUUACAUAGUUGCUUGAAGACAAUGGACCGUAUUGAUCUGUUGUUGAUAGAGAAGAUACCAACUGUUGACAUACCAUCUGGACCAAGUCUGCCAGAGCAGUUUGAUCACGAACUGCUACUGAACAGCUUUGUCGAGUCGUCCAUAUCAUCGGAUGUAGAGAUCGUCUUUUGUUUCGAUACCACUGGAUCAAUGGCAACUAUAGUUCAUACUGUAAGACAACAGGUUGAGGCCACCGUCAGCAGAUUGAUGAGUGACAUACCAAACAUACGUAUUGGAAUCAUGGGACUUGGUGAUUAUAGUGAUGGCAAGGAUGUUCUGACCACACUGGACCUUACACGUGAUGUUGAUCAAUUGGUAUCAUUCAUCAACUCUGUUCCAAACACAUCUGGAGGUGAUAUACCAGAAGCAUAUGAAUGGGCAUUGAAAAAGGCCAAAGACUUGUCAUGGUCAACAUACACAUCCAAGGCAUUUGUGAUGAUUGGCGAUUCGAAUCCACAUGAGCCAUCACAUACCAAUCUCAAGAUCAACUGGUUUGAAGCAUGUGAUGAGCUAUACGACAUUGGAAUCAAGGUAUAUGGUGUCAAAGCAUUGGGCAGUUCUAUAUUCUAUGAGGAGAUUGCACAGAGAACUGGUGGACUAUGUAUCAAUUUCAAUAACUUUAAGUUGAUCACAGAGAUGUUCUUGGCAAUAUGUUACAGGGAGGCAUCAUAUGAGAAGUUCAAGAAGUAUGAGAGGGAACUCAUAUCACCAAACACUGGAUCAUCAAACAACAACAACAGCAACAACAACAGUAGCUCUGAUAUCACAGCCAUCCUAUCCGAUCUUAAUCAAGCAAACUUCACUGUGGUCGAGACCAAGGACACAGCUGCGUCACCAACCUCCAUCAAGCCAUCACCAUUGAAUGAUCUAUCAUCAGACAGCAACAGUAACAGCAACAACAACAACAACAACAACAUUAUAAUCAAGAAACGUGGAUACCCAACUAGAAUGAGGAGUAAUGAGGACUGGUUCAAUCAUUCAUUGGACAAGACUACUUAUCCAACAUUCAUGUACAGCGAUACACUUGGAUACUUUGUACGCAACAAUCCCGAUGUGAUGAGUAAGCCUGGCAUCUCAGACGCACCCCAUCAUGUCUAUCCCGAUGGAACAAGCUCACUAUCAAUGGCAUCAACAAUCUUUGCCGAUGACUGCAGGAGCAUGAGCAAACAAAUGCACAGACGACCAAUGGCCGUGGCAAUCGUUGGCGACAACCACAUUGGCAAGACAACAUUUGUCAACAGGAUCAACAUGUUUGCAUAUGGUGAUAUUGUGUUGGAGGAGUUUACGCCACACAUCAGAGCCAAUCAGAUUGGCAAGGUACGUGCAUAUGGUGUAUGCUUUGAUGUAUCCAAUGCCAACAGCUACAAGAAUGUUAGGGCAUAUCUGGACGUGAUCACAACCAGGGAUCGCGGUACACCAAUAUUCGUUGUGGCACUCAAGUCUGAUAUUGUUGACAAUGCCAUUGGAACACCUGUGUAUGAGCUGAACGAGUACACAACCACUGGAUACAAGAUCAUUGGACACUCCACACAUCAGAACAAUGCCAGUCUAAAGGAGAUAGCAGAGAGGAUUAAAAAGACCAUCGACCCAGGUAUGCCAGUGACAAAGUCAUCCUGUAGUCUGAUGUAG